AUGAAAGCGCACUUUCAGGAGGAAACCAAUGGUACAGCCAACUCACCUUUUGAUAAGGAGGUUCGUGUGGAUAGAAGGAAGCCAGAGGCUGUUGUCAGCGACCCCCAAGGCACUUCAGAGAUUAUUGGUGACACUCUUCCCAUCACAGUGAGGAUGUCCUCCUUAGAUGCUCUCCAAAGGCCUUCCUCCCCUUGGUUGGGACGAUCCCCUAGAAAGGCAGUCCCGAGACCUCUCCAGGACUCAGCCUCAGGCAACUGGGAGGAGCGCGAGCCCAGGAGCUCUAAGCGUCCUACAGCUUGCAUGGGGGCAACAGGGACCUCCUUUUGCACUGUCUGCGGGGACCCCAGUUCCAGCCCCGAGGGGACCAGGGGACGCUGCGCUGUGGGGAAAGCCCGGGUGACAGGAGAAGGCGCUCCUGGAGGACGUGCUGGGAUGCGCUGCAGUGGCUGCUGAGAAAGGUGCCGAGGACGCAGCCCGCCCCUUCCCCAGAGCUGCGAGGGAGCCCCGCGGGGAGGACGGACAGGGUCUGGAGGGAGGAACAGGGGAGCCUGGGUCUCAGGGCUGUGGGAAGAAGAGACCUCAGGGUGGUGAACGCCCCCAGCCUGCCCUCCCUGCUCACUGCGGAGUCGCGCACCCACCCUGCUCCGGGCCUCCCCUCAGCCCUGGGCCUCCAGGCAGUUUCCUUUCUGUCCAGUAGAUUCUGUGCAACUUCAUUUAUUCAGAAUCUGGAUCAACAAAUCAACACUCAGGGAGGAAAGGGGUGUUUGGAGGGUUGGGCGGGUAGAGAGGUGUCCAAGCAAGCUCCCACCUGAGGGCCCCCUGAAAGGGGGGUUUCCAGCUCGGCCACACCUUCCUUUCUUUUUUCUUUUUUCUUUUUUUGAGAAAUAUAAACAAAGAACUUGAACUGUUUUGAAAUAACUAUUGGUAGCUGGACUGUGUUCUCUUGACCACAGCAUUGCUCUGGGACUGAACCGCGUGGGUCUCUGCUCUUCCUAAGUGUUACAUAAGAAUAGCGAACCCAUGAGGUCAGCUUCUAAACCAGUGUCUUCCCAUAACCUCCUGGACCACGUCCCAAGCAAGGCCGAGACGAGUUCAAGGUCCCACUCUCCCGGGACACACCUCACUGUCUAGUUGGCAGGAGGUGAUGAAUGUCGCCCAGUAAUUGAGGGUUGUCCGUGCUUGUGUAGAAAAGCCAAGCACAGGUCCAUAUUCUAGAGGACUGCUUGUGGCAGGCAGGCCAUCAGAGGC